AGAGUUCAUUUAAACGAACUAAAUACGCAUUGAAUUUAGUGUUGCUGAGUGGCAAAAAGUACAUUUCGUGUUAACUACCAUUUGUAUAACCACAGUUUUAUUACAAAUACGAUGGUUAAACUAUGGUUAAUGUGGCAAAUCCGUGGUAACCAUGUUUUUUUUUUUUGUAGUAAAACCAUGGUUAAUUUUCGUAAGGCAAUGGAUGCAGUGUUGCCAGAUUUCCUAAAACAAAUAAUUAUCUAAAUCAACUAAAAUUAGUGAACUAAAUCUCUUGAGCGUACACAGGAUGAGGAAAGAAAAGCAGAAACACGGGAGGAAUGUAGUAUAUGUAGAGUGCUGCUUGAACACCAGGUGCGGAGAUUUAUCAACUGCUACGUUAUUGUGUCAUGUGGCUCAAGUAUUAUCAAACAAAACACAAAUGAAAAAAAAAAAAAAAAAGAAAUACACGAUUGUAUUUUAGUUUAAAAUGUAGUUUACAACUGCGUGACUGCUCGUGCUCAUAUUUUGAAAACACCCCCAUAAAGAGGAUGGCAACACAGAUGAGAGAGAGGGUGUGGCUUAAUAAAUACAUCAUGACAGCAUGAAUCUAAUAACGAGGCGCUACGCUAUACUGUGUUUUUCGCACUAGACAAAUUCACCAUUAACCAUGCUGCAUUAAUAUUUACCAGCAUGACAUUUAAAACUGUAAAUCUCAAUACAUGAACGAGAAUGUUACAAUUUCAAUUCGCGCCUCCUCCAUCGUGACUCAUUUACGAAGUCAGCUGACCAAAUCCUUAGGAACCGACUCACUACAGCGAUGGACCAAGAGCCUUGAAUUUCACAACAGACUCACUCUCCCUGCAGUGAGGAACCGGCGCAGGACAGGACAAUAUGCUCAGGUGGAUAAAAGGGAAUACGCAUUUUUAGCCGACUGAGGGUUGAGUUAAUCAUGUCGGACUCCUCAGAAGCCUCUUUGCCCGCUUUCAGGCGCUUGAGUUACUCAGUGGGGCAUUUUCUCAACGACCUGUGCGCCUCUAUGUGGUUCACAUACCUGCUGGUGUUUUAUCACUCAGUGCUGGGCUUUCAGAACACAUAUGCUGGUGUGUUGCUGCUAGUGGGACAGAUAGCGGAUGGAGUGUGUACACCGCUCAUCGGUUAUGAGUCUGAUGAGACACCCGGCUGUGGAUCGUAUGGGAAGAGAAAAACAUGGCAUUUAGUCGGAACUAUCAGCGUCGUGCUGUCAUUCACCUUUAUAUUUAACCAGUGCCUGGGCUGUGAUCUGGACACUCCACAGUGGGUCAGUCUCACUUACUUCACCCCCUUCAUUGUAAUCUUCCAGUUUGGAUGGGCGGCCACCCAGAUUUCCCAUCUCUCCCUCAUUCCUGAGCUGGUGACUUGCGAGCAUGAAAAAGUGGAGCUCACUGCGUACAGGUAUGCAUUUACGGUGAUAGCCAACAUCACAGUGUAUGCAGUGGCCUGGCUGAUGUUUCAUUUUCAGACUCAGGAAGGAGAUGAUCCUGCCAUUACGGAAAACCUUGGCCCGGUUGACAUCCCAGUUUUCAGAGAUCUAAGUCUUACAGUAGUGGGCAUUGGAGCUCUGUUCUCGCUGCUCUUUCACCUGGGCACACGGGAGAAGGAGGCACGUCCCCGUCAGGAGGAGGAGGGCUCUAGUCCUGGGGAGCGCCAGCCUCUAAUUAACAACACCACUGUGUCUCGUCCCACCAGUCUGCUGCAGUGGAAACACUGGCUGAGACAGCCAUCAUUCUACCAGGUGGCUUUGCUUUAUAUGUCCACCAGACUGAUAGUGAACCUGUCGCAAACAUACAUAUCCAUGUAUCUCACCUACACACUACUGCUGCCAAAGAAGUACAUAGCCAGCAUUCCCCUGGUCAUGUUCCUGAGUGGUUUUGCUUCCUCAUUUAUCAUGAAGCCUCUAAGCAAGCUAAUAGGCAAAUGUAUGACCUAUUUUUUGGGACUGUUGCUGAUUCUUGCGUUCUCCUAUUGGGUGCUGCUGGACGCACACAUGGGAGAAAAGGUGUAUGGCGCUGCGGUCUUGCUCGGAGUGGGGUCCGCUACCAUCCUGGUGAUGUCACUUGCCAUGACAGCCGAACUCAUAGGAGACCAAACACAAAGUGGUGCUUUUGUUUAUGGAGCUAUGAGCUUCACAGACAAGGUGGCUAAUGGUCUGGGAGUUAUGAUUAUUCAGACGCUUCAUCCCUGCCGCACAAUGAUAUGCUGUCCAGACUGUGUGUGGUAUUACCACUAUGUCAUGGUCAUCGUCACUGGUGGAGUGGCCGUUUUAGCAGCGCUGAGCCUCUGCACGAUCCUUAUCUGGCCUAUAAAGAUUAUGCACUUAUCUUUGCAAGAUCAUAUGAAUGGUUCAAUAAACAGCAAAGACUUUAAGGAUCUGCCUGAGGUGACUGGCCUUAUGGGGAGUGAUAGAGAGGACUCCGAGAGCUCUGAGCAGCCAUCAGUCGACUGAACAUGCAUCUUCAGCUCUGAUGCAGAGAGCUUUUGGUUGACACUUACAUCACAGUGGUGAAGGUUAGAAAUCAGGUUUUGGUUCAGAAUUAUCUUUCACACAGGCCAGUGUUUGCUAAUGUAGUCUAUAUGGUGGCCACAUCUUGACACAUGAGAGAAUUUCACCGAGAGCCAAAUAUGUGGUGAAUUUUUAGAGGUGAUUAGUUGAUAUUACUCAUGUGUCCUGUAUUGUGGCUUUUCAUUUCAUAGUUCUCACUUAACCAACAGUCUCCACAGACAGACACUUUAUGAAUUAUCCUUAUUAUGCACAUUUUUUAUAAUUUAAAAUGAGUUUUUAUUUGAGAUUAUAAAUUUAGUUCAGUUAUUUCAGUCACAUCCAUAAAAACAAGGGAAUUUAUUUAUAUAAGGACUUUGCAAAACUAUUGAGAUUAUUAUGAAGUUAAUGCAAGAUGCACAUGUUAUGAUGGAUGCAUCAUUUCAGGUUAUAUUAAUAAAUCCAUUUAACAUUUAAUCUCUUUUUAAAAGGGAAUUAAUGAAAAGGGAAGAAUUGCUAUUUUAAAUCAGGGGCCAUGAAGCCAUGUGUAGUCAUUUCAAGGCAUAUUUUCAGGUGUGAGAUACAUGGGUUAUCUCUGUUAGGGACCAGAGAGCCAAUGAUGAGCAUUUUUCCCUGCAACCACUAGCUUUUUGUUUUCUUUCAUAUUUUUAUAUAUGCAUAAUUGUUUUCAUAUGUAAGACAAUUGGGUCUGACGAGGUUUCUGUUCAUAUAAUUUACUGAACAGAAUAAAUGUUCUUUAUGAACAGACAUUUCUGUAUCUAGAGUUGAUGCCUUGUAACCUGUCUUUGUAACUAGUAACUGAUUAGCAGGAAUGCUUUGUCAGUGUGAGUAGUUUUAACAUCUAGUCAGCUGAUCUAACGUGAUGCUCAAGACUUUUAACACUUAAAAUAAAUUGUAAAGACUGACGCUCAAAUGUAACUGGAAUCAAUUAAAUAGUCAAUUGUAGUGGAAUCAAUCAACAAAAUCAGUAUGUUUGUAAAAGACAAUUGUAUUUUAUUAUAUUUGAUGUCUUGUUCAAAACAUAUUUUAAAUAAAUGUUUUUUAAAUUA